GAUGGCGGCUGCUGAAAAGGGCUGGUGCUUGUGUGAGUUAUUGAGGUUUUUUUAUUCAUUAAUCUUCCCCUGGCUAUUUGUAUGUGGAACUUUGUGUGUGUGUUUACUUAUUAUUGUCCUUUGGAGGCUCCGACUGCUGCUACAGAGAAAGAAAAAAUCAGCGUCAUCUAGCAAAACUGGGACACAUCAAACGGUGAUUGCAUUUUUCCAUCCAUACUGCAAUGCUGGCGGAGGAGGAGAAAGAGUGUUAUGGUGUGCCUUAAGGGCUCUACAGAAAAAGUAUCCAGAAGCACUUUAUGUUGUUUAUACUGGUGAUGCUGAUGUCAGUGGCCAACAGAUACUGGAAGGCGCAUUCAGAAGAUUUAACAUCAGGUUAACUCGCCCAGUGAAGUUUGUUUUCUUAAGGAAGCGCUACCUUGUGGAAGAUUCACUCUAUCCUCAUUUCACACUGCUGGGCCAAAGUCUGGGAUCCAUUUUUCUGGGCUGGGAAGCUCUAAUGCAGUGUGUUCCUGAUGUUUACAUUGAUUCAAUGGGCUACGCUUUCACGCUUCCUCUGUUUAAGUAUCUAGGUGGUUGCCGAGUUGGAAGCUAUGUUCAUUACCCCACCAUCAGCACUGACAUGCUCUCCGUCGUGAAGAAUCAGAAUGUGGGAUUUAACAACGCAGCCUUCAUUACCAGGAAUCCUUUUCUCAGCAAAGUAAAGCUCAUCUACUACUAUUUAUUUGCUUUUAUGUAUGGGCUUGUUGGUUCUUGCAGUGACAUCGUCAUGGUCAAUUCUUCUUGGACACUGAACCAUAUUCUCUCACUGUGGAAGGUUGGGAACUGCACUAAUAUUGUUUAUCCACCUUGUGAUGUGCAGACAUUCUUGGAUCUUCCCUUACAUGAAGAGAAGGCAACCUCAGAACACUUAGUGGUUUCGAUUGGCCAGUUCAGGCCUGAAAAGAACCAUCCUUUGCAGAUCAGAGCCUUUGCUAAAUUGUUGAAUAAGAAGGAGAGUGAAUCUCUUCCUCCACUUAAACUUGUGCUCAUUGGAGGUUGUCGUAACCAAGAUGAUGAACUCAGGGUAAACCAACUGAGAAGGCUUGCUGAGGACCUUGGAGUUCAAGAAGAUGUGGAAUUUAAAAUAAACAUUCCGUUUGAUGAGUUAAAGAAUUACUUGUCUGAAGCAACAGUCGGUCUGCAUACCAUGUGGAACGAGCAUUUUGGGAUUGGAAUUGUUGAGUGUAUGGCAGCCGGCACGAUUGUCCUCGCACACGAUUCGGGGGGCCCGAAGCUCGACAUUGUCGUUCCUCACCACGGCGAGAGGACUGGGUUCCUGGCUGAAAGUGAAGAGGGCUAUGCUGAAACUAUGGCCCAUAUUCUUUCCAUGUCUGCAGAACAGAGGCUCCAAAUCAGAAACAAUGCCCGUGCGUCCGUAAGCAGAUUCUCCGAUCAGGAGUUUGAAGUGGCAUUCCUAUCGUCUGUGGAACAAUUAUUCCAAAAAUGCCACACCUGUACAAAUUAAAGAUGUUUUGUAUAAAAUGGUUAGAUACUUUCAUAUGUUAAUACUUUUCUGAACUCAUUCCUUGUUGUGAUAAGGUUAGGCUUAUCCUGACUCUUUUGAAAAGACCCUGAUGCUGGGAAAGAUUGGGGGCAGGAGGAGAAGGGGACGACAGAGAGGAUGAGAUGGUUGGAUGGCAUCACCGACUUGAUGGACAUGAGUUUGAGUAAACUCUGGGAGUUGGUGAUGGACAGGGAUGCUUGGCCUGCUGCAGUCCAUGGAGUCGCAAAGAGUCGAACACAACUGAGCGACUGAACUGAACCGAAUUGAUCCUCAUGCAAGGCCCUUGCUUAUCCAUAAGCAAGGCCCUCAGCAGUAUGUACAUAUAGCCAAGGUAUUUAUUUCAAUGGAAAAAGGCAAAGUUACCUAAAUGGUAACUUAUAUAGUUUAAAUGUAAAAAUUUUAGAUUAGAGU